CUAUGACUAAAGAAAGAAAAGGUGCUUUAGUAGAUUUCAUCAUGUGCAUUUAGAGGAAUGAAGUUUUAGUUACUUUUCUUGCAUCCUGCUGCAAUCAUAGAAUGCCACAUCUAGUAAGAUAGCAAUUGUUGAGAUAUUCUUAAGAGUGCACUACAUAUCAUUCGAUGUGGAAUGUUAUCAACAAGUAAUAAUUCAAAAGUAGUGCUAAACUUGGUGAUUGUAAUAAUAAAAGUAGUCACAACCGAGGACAAAGCAGAUGAAAUGAUAGACUCCACUACCACCUAGCUCAUUUUAAAUAGCCUAAGCAUAAAUUGAGUUUGGACCCCUCUUUCUGUGUGUGUAAACAAAAUGGCAAUAGCCUUACACUUGAGCACUUUGAUACUUCCAUUCCUAUUAGUGCUAAUGUCAUUUAUGGUUAGCUAUACAAUGGCAGAUGCAGCCAAAGACAGAGAGGAGUGUGCACAACAACUAGUAGGAUUGGCUACAUGUCUGCCUUACGUUGGUGGUCAAGCAAAAGCACCUACACCAGACUGUUGUAGUGGUCUUAAACAAGUCCUAAAGGACAACAAGAAGUGCUUGUGUGUCAUCAUCAGAGAUCGUAAUGAUCCUGAAUUAGGACUACAGAUUAAUGUUACACUUGCUUUGGGCCUGCCUUCUGUUUGCAAUGCCCCUGCUAAUGUCUCCCAGUGUCCUGCUCUUCUACACUUGGAUCCUAAUUCACCAGAAGCUCAAGUUUUCUACCAAUUGGGAAGGAGUUCUAAUCAAAGUGAUGGUAGUCCUGCUCCUAGUCCUAGUGGUGGAGGGAGUUCUGCGAGUGCCAAAAGUGAGGGGACUAGUGGUCAGGACAAGAAUGAAGGUUGUUAUGGUCAAAAGAGAUGGUUUGGAAUGGAGAUUGUUAUUGGCGGGGUCUUAACAUGGUGUUUCAUUAGUUCACACUUGUUCAUAUAGGCACUUGGACUGUCACUGUUCAGUAACUUUGGCCUUGUAUGCUGUUUUGUAAUUGUUAUACUUAUGUUAAGUUCUUUUCAUUUAUUAAUACUCCCUACCUCUAUUUAUCUCAAAAUAAUAAUAAAAACCUUCCAACUCUCCCUUUUGAACUA